CGAUGAACAGCUGCCGAAGGAUCAGUUCAAUAACUGCUUCAGUCAACAACUAAAAUCACUCCGCCAUCACCAACUACCAUGAAGAUCAUUUCCAAUUUGAUUGUGCUGACUGCUCUGAUUGCCGCAUCAGUUACCGCAUCCUACAACAAGUCAUCUUCUACUACCUACGCCGAACCGGAUUCUUCCGAGCCAGUUUCAUCUGAAAUGAAUACAUAUUCCGCAUCCAACUACUCUGCUCCGGCUUACCCCGCAUCAGAAGAAGAAUCAUUUCACGGAAAUGAAGAGAAAGAAAAUGAUGUUGAGGCCGAAUACGAAAGUGAAACCCAAUCCGCCAAAUACAACAAGGAGCCGGAGUCUACUACUACCGUCUCUUACACCAGCAGCACUCCGGCCUAUAAGAAGCCGGAAUAUGUAGCUGCCCCGCCAGCAGCAGCAUCCUACUCCGCCCCGGUUUAUUCCGCCCCGGUUUCCACCCCGGUUUAUUCCGCCCCGGUUUAUUCCGCCCCGGUGUCCACCCCGGUUUAUUCCGCCCCGGUUUAUUCCACCCCGGCUGAAGUGGUUCGUUCAACCACCAUGGCUGUUCCUAUCUACCGAUCCCCUGCUGUUUUACCUUACUGGCUGCGCUCGCAACAACCAAACCGUUCGUCCAGCGUCAAGAAAAUCGCCACCGUUUAAAACGCCUAUUAUCAUCCUGAACGUCAAACAUGUACUAUUUAACUUAUAUACCAAAAUAUUAUUUAAGACAUUUUACAGCUAAAAUUAAAUACAAGAACCAAUUAUUUAAA